AUGGGAUUUUUGAGUGGUGUGCUAAGUGCGGUGAAGGAUGAAAAUGAAGUGACAACUUAUGAUAAUGGCGCAAAAAACAUUAAAAAAAUAAUAGACACUCUAGAAAAAAAUUUAGGUAACGGUCCGCAAAAAUUUACUGACGCUCUUAGUGCGGUAAGUGACUGGUUGAAUGAUUACUUUACGCAGGUUGAAAAAUAUACUGUCAACGUUACUAGUGAACUACAAGUGUUAAAGGACGAUAAAGUGUCUGCACAUAUAAGAUCUGUAGCAGGUCAAGGAACUCAGAACCUUGAAACGCAGUUGAAGGCGUGGACAACCAGGUUACCUAUAAUUUUUGGUGAGGUCGACAAUAUUGAAACUCAACACGUGAUGAAGCUGGACAAUAGAUUGAAAACUGAAAUUAUGCAUGAAACUAGGCAUAUCAAGGAAGCCGUUAAGAUGCUUGGGGACUCCGCUGCGGAAAAGGAAUUUGGGAGUCAGGCCAAAUUGGUUGAUGAGACGUUAAUACAAGAGAGAAAAAAAUUAGACUCCGCGAUUGAAAAUGAACAUAAGAGAGUUCGUGAAAUUUUGCAAAAAGAAUUCGAUAAGCUGUGGAUGGAAGUGAAGAAUCUGAACAGAGCUAGAUCAACGCAUUUUCAAAACAUCAUUGAACGCUUGAAUGAAGCCGAAGCAUUUAUAAAUAAUGAUUUCGACUGGCAAUAUAGAAACCAAAUCGAAACCCUUUUUAAACAUUUGAAAGAUGAGAUGGUGUCAAUUGAUCGGACGAAUGAACCUGCAGGUGCCAAAGACAAGAAGUCCAACCUCAACGUGAAAUUCAGUGAGUUGAUAGACACCGUUAAGAUGGUAGGUGAUAAGAUUGGUACCGAAAAUACUGCGCUAGACAAAUGGAAACAUGCUGCAAUGGAUGCCAUUCUAAAAGCAGAUGUAAAGUGUGAGGAGAUUGUUAAGAAGUUGAAAGGGGAGGGGGACACCGGUAAAGAGGGAGAGAAGAGGGGAGUCACUGAUGCAGCACAAGAAUUACAAACAAAAGCCGAUGAUCUACGAACAAAAGCGUACACUGCUAAACAAAAGGUUACUGCAAAAGUUAAAGAAGCGUUGAAGGCGGUUGGAACAAUGAAUGAAGACCUGAAGAAGGAUUUGUUUAAAGUGAAGGAGGCGUUGAAAGAUGCCAUUAUACAGUUGGCAGAAACGUUGGAAACGAAUUUGAAGCAGGAUUUAAUUCAGUUGGAGCAGGGAGUUAAGGGUGUGUUCAAAACACUCAAAGACAGUACAUCCGGAUUUUACACAAAAUUUCAACAAAAUAAAGACGCGCUGAAACGUGCUAUUCAGAAUGUAUCGGACGACCUUGGGAAGAUGACUGAUUUAAAUCGGAUCGCUACGAUUGAAGGUCUUCAGUCUAAAACAACAUUACUCCAGGCUCUUCAGAAAGGCAAUGCAUUCAAUGAACUCAUGUCGUAUUUUGAGAAACUUAACAGUGAAGUUAUGACGCCUUUGAAGAAGGCAAUGACGGCGAUAGGUGUUGGAUGGAAAACCUUUGUUUACGGUACGACACUUCACGAUGCACAAGGUGCGGUUAGAACCGCGGAUGCUGAACUUCAAGUGCUUAGAAGUAAUUUCAAAGGUGGAGAUUCAUUUGCAGGGAUUCAUAGUCUGAGGGACCAGUUGACGCAAUACGGCAUUACAAUAGACGGUGUGGAUGAUCUCAAGUCAAAGCUUUAUAGUGUUGCACCUACGGUUGUGGAAAAGUCCAAAUCGUUUCUGUCAAUUUCUAAGGAUGACGCUGAAAAAAUAAUACCGGAACUUGGAGCCAUAGGAGAAGCCGUCGCAGAUCAUUCCAAAACUUUAGUAACCGAGGUCAUGAAUAAGAUCAGACAGAAAGUACCCGAAGAAGUCAAAGCUGUGGCUGAAGUGUUGAAAGCUAGAGCAAUCAAGUGUACAAACCUAGUCACUCAGGCAUCCGUUGAUGUCAAAGAGUUUGGUUUAAAUGGCGUGGAGGGUACAGUAACUGGUCUCGAAACGUUAGUAAGUGAUUUCAAUAGUAAUAUCAAAACUGUCGUUGAUAAUUUGGAAGAUAAUGUUGGUGCGAAAUUCCCCAAAGCUCCGGACGGUCGAAUAAAUCUCGACGGUGAAAUCAAUUUCAUGAAGCAAUUCAAACAAACACGCCAUAAGGCCAAACUUGGGCAGCUAUCAAACAGAAGUGGAGAUCAUAAUGAUGUGCUCGAUCAGCAGUUGCCGAGUGCUAAUUCUUCAGUUGACUUAACUAAGCCAAACGGUCUAGAUAAAUAUACGCAGCACGUUAAACAAAACCCUGACAGCUUCGCCACCCAUUCCACUUCCAACAUGGAGAACAUCGAAAGCGAUAGCAAACUCCCAUACGCCAUCAAAGAAAUAUUUACAACUCUUCAUGACGCAAAUCAUUUAGGAAAGGUUGAUUAUGGUGGGGCUGGUACAGAUACACAUACUUUUGACAGUCAAACCUUCACAAAAUUACAUGAAAAAAUGACCGCCAAUCUCAACAAAUUUACCGAAGUAAUCGAGAAAUUGGUAAAUGGUGGCGGUGUUUCAAACUCCGAUCUUGAAGAUUAUUUAAAGAGGCUGAAAAAUAUGCUUGACAAGGACGCAGAAACAUAUUAUGGUGCGUCCAUCACAGGGUUAAAAAAGAUUAGGCUGGAGCUGGGCCAAUUGCAAUCCAGAAUUGUUCAGGCCACCUCCACCGAUGCCGCCAAACAGGAAAUCGAUAUCAUCAUUCAGAAACUCGAAGAACUUCCUAAGGCUGUUGAUGAGCAGAGGGCUGUGGCGUUGAAACAUGUAGGUGAGUUAAGACGCUCGUUGGAACAGCAAAUCACAUUCAUUCGCCAAGCCGUCGAGACAGCUGAUUACGAGUUGAAAGAAUCAAUUAAAACCGUUCGAGCUACAUUAAAAGAAGCACAUGAGAACAACAAACUAGCGGCUUCACAUCUCAGAACUACAUUGCUUGACACUACUAAAAGGGGAUUUGAGGAAAUUACUUUGCAGGUUCAAUCGUUCUUCGCUGAGCAGAAAAUGGCAGACUUAGCAGGUCUACAAAAAUUAAUUGACAGGCAAAUGAAAAACAUCAAACGCAUCAUCGGAAAACACCUGUCCACCGACCUAAAAGGCUUCCUGAAAACACUUCAAUGCGGAUCCAUUAAAGUUACUACAAAUAAAAAUAUCAAGCUACUCACUGACCUCGCAUCUGCAAUCUCUCGGUCACCCGCCCACAAUCCCUCCCAUCUCAAACAUCUCGCCGAGGCCUUCCACGACUUCUGCCAGCCCCUCCACACUUACCUCCUCGGAGAGAUCACACGAGCCAACCUAAACAAUUCCGGCACCACCCCCAAUUACUCCGCCCGUCUAAAAAGUAUUUUCACCGCCUUUUCCACCCUCCUCCCCCAUCUCAGAGAGGCAAACAAGUACGACCACCGGGUCCCCUCCAUGCUGUCCAACCUCCGCGACGCUCUCACAGUCCUCAAGCCUGACGGCUUUUCCACGCCGAACAGUUCCACACUGGACUGCAUCACGAGCGGGCUCACGAAAUUCGCGGAUGAGCUGGACAAGGCGUACAUAUCGGUGUAUGAUGGGCAGGGGUUUGAGGGUAAGGUUGUAGAGGAGACGGGUACCGUAGAGGUUUACACCACCGGAGUGUAUCCGGUAUAUCUAUCGACCGAGUACGGAAAGAAGUGCGCCAAGGUGUUUUGCACGGCGCUCGAAAUACUGUUCCACGAUCUAUCUGAGUUGAGGGAGGAAUGCAAACGCGAUUGGAAGGAUCUGAACAUUUGUAUGCACCCCGGUGAGGACAUUGAAAAUGGCCUAGCCUCAUACCUGAAAAACUGUGGUUACGGAGUGCCAAGCAAGCAAGGCGUGCAGGACGGGGAGUUGAGGUACGGAGAAAGUUGGACUGGUGAGAGUAUACGUGCAACUCUGCUCAUCAAGCAACAUGACGCUACUCUAACGCGUACAGCAUUUAGACUUGUCUACGACACUGACGACAAGGAUGACGAGCAAAGCGCACCAACGCAUAGUGUCCUUAAGCAGCUCAUCGACUAUCUUAUACGCUUCUACCAAGUUUGUCACCACGACACCGCUACGUCAACCAAAUAUCCUUCCAAUGUCUACCAAAUGUUAACGUGGCUUAGUGGCCUACCUCACAGUACCGUAUAUGACAAAUUGUACCUUAAUGGAUUCGCUGAACUGUUCGAGAAAAAGGAUAACCAAGGGGAGAACAGUGACGGAGGCAUCACGUUCGAAAUCGGAGGUGACGGAAGCGACGGAUCUUCUAUCGCUGUUAGCACCAAAGAGGACAAUAAGUUGGAAGCAUAUCCUGUAUCCAUUACACCCGCAGGUCUUUCAGACAUCCUCACAGCAGUAUGCUCCGGCGCCCACGACGUACUUACCAGCGUACUUGGACACGGUCACGCGGGUGGUCGUUAUGCCUGUGACUUUAACACUAACCCCGAUAAAUUCUCGUACCCCGCCGACAUGGUAACGUUAGCAUGUUGGCUGUAUGAUAUCCUCAGACGCGUACACCAUCAGCUCUAUUUCUUGUACCAGCAGUGUUAUCACAACACUGAACGCAACGGGUGGGCUGAGUGCUAUUAUGGCCGGUACGUCGCUGGAUCAUCGUGGCAGUGCAACAGGAUGCAGUGCCCUGACCAAACAUGUGAGCAAAAGUGUAAGCAAACAUGUAACCAAAUACACAACCAAAAGGGUGACCAACACCCUAACUGCGGACUAAAGUCGCCGCUUCAAUCUUUCUUAGAAGAUGGUUUACAAGGGUUCUUACCGCAUAACGUCAAGUUUGAAAGGGGGAAAAUGGAAUGUUCAGUUAAAGGUCAUUUCAAUUUGCCGUGUAAAACGCCCAUGGGUUUCGGAAAUAUAAGCGACCUGGCGUCACAUACGCAGCGAGGCAGGCAUAUCUACGAAGCGCUUAAGAGACUCUGCGGAGAUGAAAGGUCUCCUCUCCCCAAGCUCUGCGGCCAACUGAGCUGUCUUUUGCCAAGCGCUCCCAAGACGCUUGACGACAUGUUCGGUUUCUAUUACCGAUUGCUCAGAGGGUGGAAUAGUAAUUACCCUAGGCGCCAGGAGCACAGAGAGACAGCUUUAGAAGGUGCUGUCAAAGAUGCCAAUUUCGGGAAUGAAGAAACCAAGCUGGACGUCACUACAAUAUUUAAAAAGAACGAUCAUGGCUCGAAGGAAAAUAUGACGCAUCUCACCGGAGAUCUCUAUGCUCUUGUCGACUGUAACGGCAUGACAUCAUCUGCUCCAUCCCAUCCAUGUGGCCGCUAUAUGCGACCGAUUUGUCAUGACAUGUGCGGUACCUUUACAAAAGAGAACGCCGACAAAUAUUUGUCGUGGAUUGUUUACUGCACCGAGACGUUCCUUCAGUUGUUGAAACAGCUGUACGAAGAAUGUGCCAAAAAUUGUGACGGGGAGAGACCUAAGUGCCGUGUCAGUAAAUGUAGGAAUGGGUGCAAAGCCUACAACCUCCCCGCAGCUGACGGCUCCACUCACAUAGAAUCCUGCAAUUCAAUUGUAAAUUGCAAGUUCAUGCGUCCCACAUUCUACAAAUAUGGCUUGGUACUUGGAGAUUGCAGAAGUCUAUCUGCCAAGACGACAAAGCGCACGUGCAAAGAUUUGUGUAUUGUAUUGAAGAGCGUGACUAACGAAAUAGAAGUGGAUGGACAUCCGCUUGCCAAAUUGGUCCAUGUUACUAUUCCCCAAUUCAUCUUCACCAUACGCGCCCCCUUCAUCUGGCUCAACGUCGCGCUCUGGCUCCUCUCUCUCCUCUACCUCACCCACAUCAUGGUCAUCCGCCUCGACCUCCUCCACAUCAAGUCACACUUACACUCACCCUCAUCACAUCGCAUAGCUGCUCAAUCACUACUCGCCGCUGCACGUGUUAACAAGCUUAACAGAGUGUUUUACCUGCAACCAUAA